CCUUAUAUUUUAACUCCCGCCCCCAGCCAGUCAUUUAAAAUUGUUUCCAUCCUUUGUCCCUGCCUACCUAUGUAAUGUACAUGUACAUUAGAAUAUCGGAGAUCUGGAUUGGCAGUCCUGAUGCGCUCGAUGAGAUCAACAACAACUCACCAAGUGCGAAUAAAAAGCGGAGUGAAUUCUUCAUGAUGAGGUAAAUUGUUAAAAAAUGAGAUAGAUAACUGCUAGAUGAAGAAAUGAAAACCAUAUUUGAGGUUAUAUAUUCUUGAGAAAAUGGUCACUAGUGUGCGACGUAAGAAUUGGGUCGCAGUCAGUGCAACCGCUGAAAUACCCUCCUCACUCAUACACACAUUAUAAAUUCGACUAUUUAAAAGUCUCCAUUACCAUGAUUAAAAGCAAGAGAAAGAAAGAGAAAGAAAGAGAAAAAAAGUGAGAAAAAGUGUCUAUCAUCUAGUAUGCAACUCCAAGAUAGUCUCCCGACAUUGGCUGUAUGCUUCGGCAGCGCAGUUGUGGUUUUCAGUUCCCCUCCUCCGGCGCCUUUACAAAGAUGUCAUGGUGUCCACAAUGGAAGAUACGUGACCAGAAACACAAUGGCGGACAUCAUUGAAAAGCAGUUCUGUCCCAACGCGGUGAAGCCAGGGUCAUCGAGAGCAAAGACAGCGGUUCAAUCACAUGGCUGUACAAUGACGGAACCCCGGAAACUGUCUCGGUAUCGAUAGGCUGGAAGAAUACACCAGAUUUUAAGCCAAACUACAACGAUUGUCUGCGGAAUCUGCGUGACAGGGUCCUGGAUGGCUGUGAUGGCAACGACCUAGAAAUCUUGAUCCACUUGGCGCGCGCUAGCUAGCGCCCAAAAGAAGCGCAUGGUGACUGCAUCGUCAAGCACUAUGAUCACUAUCAUUAUUUAUGUUCUAAUAUGGGGGAAUGGCUGGGCCAAUUCUGACAACGGCAAGAUGUUUGAAGAUAAACUUCAGAACUGCGCUCUGCUUCCGAAUACAUUCCAGUUUGUCUAUGAGCUAGGUGUUGACGGUCGUGAAUAUGCUACGACGUACACUACAAUCUGGGAGGACGGCUGUGUCACUGCUGCUGCUAAGCAGGCGGGUGCACAGAGUGUAUUUGAUUGUCGCAGGGGAGAUUGAACGCUAGCAAUUUGCGGUUUUCCAAUUAAUGUAUCUAAUUGCACACUUUUUGGCUAGGAGAUAAAUAAUUCUCAUGAGAGUUUGAACAGAGCGCCUAGAUAAGUAAUGAAAGUAAAAGCAGAAGCUUAAGUGAUCACAAAAAACCCAAACUAUCAGUAAAAACCCAAACUAUCAGUAACAAUUGUACUCAGGUUCUGCCCGUAGGGAUCGCAAGUGUAGAUUUUGAUUUAGCCUGUUUAUCAUCAAUCUAAGUAUUUGUUUAGCGUGCAUCAUCUGUUGAUACGGAGUUUGGAGUUGAAGGGCGCCUUGACUGCUUCCAAUAUCCAUAUGAUGCGACAGUGCCUCUGCAGAGAGGACAUCCAUUCGCUAAGGAACCUUUGAGGAUGCAGGAUAAGUGGACUCUGUG